AUGACACAGUCAACCACAUUCAAGUUCUCCGCUGUGCCUGGAUUCUUCCUUCAGGAUGAACCAACCACGGACCCAGCCACAUUUGACUAUGCAGCGUCUAAUUUCGGGCUGAUUGUUCGUGAGGACAAUUCGUUACAUACCCAGUGGCAAAAUUUUACCCAAGAAAUCCAAAAAUUGAACGCUCUUGGAGGGGAAUCGGUUUGCUACAAAGUGCUCUUCCUUGGUCGUCAUGGAGAAGGUGUCCAUAACGUCGCCGAGGUUCGGUAUGGGACCAAAAAGUGGGAUACUGAUCAAUCAUAUGUGAAGGAGUAUUGGUCCUUACUGGACGGAGACGAGUAUGGGAGUUGGGUUGAUGCCCAUCUUACACCCGUAGGCAAAGCCCAGGCCCAAACUGCAUAUGAUACUUGGGCCACUCAGAUCCAGAAUGGGAUUCCAUACCCGCAGUCAUACUAUGUGAGCCCGCUGCAUCGGACUUGUGAGACAGCACAGAUCACAUUCCAGGGCUUGGACAUGCCACUUACUCGACAAUUUCGCCCUCUCAUCAAGGAGUUACUUCGAGAGACGCUGGGUGAGCAUACCUGCGAUCGCCGAUCUAAGGCAUCCGAGAUCAAAGCAGACUUCCCCGAGUAUCAAUUCGAGGCUGGCUUCAGCGAAGAUGAUCUACUUUGGGACCCGAAAAUUAGGGAGACCGAUGAGGAUCGAGAUGCGAGACUUACUGAAUUCUUGAACGAUAUCUUUGCGACGGAUGAUAAUAUUUUCCUAUCUUUGACGGCGCACUCGGGUGCCAUCACGAGUAUUCUCAAUAUUGUUGGACACCGAGCCUUUCGCUUGCAGACUGGGGCUGUUAUCCCUGUUGUUGUGCAAGCGGAAAGAAAAUGA